ACGUUGUAUUUGUUUGGUCAAACUGGUGACAGUAUGCUGCAGGGUAGCUCUCUACACCAACAUCUGAGACCUUAUCACUUGUAACCGGCAGAGAUACUGGGCGGUAGCAACGUAGUGCAAAAGAAGUCAGUUGAAUCACAAUACUACCAAUCGUCACGCGGGGCUGCCUAGCGUUACGGCCACGUUGGAAGUGCUGAGUGUCGACCAGCACACCUCCGUUCAUAACCACCACUCCAUCUGCUUUGCUGUCUAUCUGUUGUGUUAGUAUUCUGUCAUCCCACCAACCGUUGGAGAAAAUCUGAGCCCAACAACGACAAAUGCGUUUGAUCGAUGUUUGUGCCCUCCUCGAAGUUGAGGGCGAUUUAUGCCAAGGACUGGACCCAGAUACCGAAACUCGUCUUUUAGUUGACUUCUACGGUUCUGCCAUGCCAGCAGGGAGCGAGUAUGCGAUCCUGUCGCACUGUUGGCAAGCACCUGAGAAAGGGGAGAAAGAAGUGCACUUUAAGGAUAUUAAGAAAUUUAUGACGAUGAAACCAAAGAAGAGGGACGAAAUUCGGAGGCUUCUUGAUACCUGCCGGCGGGCCAAUGCGGAUGGAUUCCACUGGGCCUGGGUUGAUACUUGUUGUAUCAAUAGGGAGAGCAGUUCGGAGCUAUCCGAAGCGAUCAACUCGAUGUUCCAGUGGUAUGCGAACUCGCAGCUAUGUUAUGUCUAUCUCCAAGAUGUUGAAGACGCCCUUCCUACCGAACGCGACGAAGAAAAGUUCCCGGAGUCUGGUGGUUGGCCCAAGUGGUUCACACGUGGCUGGACGCUUCAGGAGCUCGUCGCACCAAGAACCGUGCACUUCUUCAAUCGCCACUGGUCAUUCAUCGGUGAUAAGGAAGGCCUUGCGGAUAAUCUAAAGACAAUCACGCGAAUUCCACGCAGUGUCUUGAAACAUGGUAUUGGAUUCCCUCGUCCGAGCGCGGCACAAAUCCUGUCAUGGGCUGCUGACAGAAGGACAACCCGAGUCGAAGACAUUGCGUACUCGCUGUUGGGGCUUUUGGGUGUUAAUAUGCCUAUGCUAUAUGGGGAAGGGACGAAGGCAUUUCAGCGCCUUCAGGAGGAGAUAAUUCGCAGGUCUAAUGACCUCAGCAUUUUUGCGUGGGAUCCUGAUGCAAGGGUCCCUCGCACGACCAGUGUCCUCGCUGAUGACCCCACCUGCUUUCGUGGCUGUCACAAUAUCAAGAAGGUGGAGUUUGAUGAAUUCAUUAGGGAGCUAAAAGAAGUUAUUCUGGAAGAAGACCUACAUCAAGCCCGGCUGCAGACGUUUUCUGUCACAAAUGGGGGAAUUCAGAUAUGGCUACCUCUCACUCCCUAUCAUAACUGUCCAUUUAUUUUCAAAGCCACUCUGGCAUGCCGCAGAUAUGGUGCCCUAGUGACCAUUGAUCUGGCACCCUGGAAGACCAAAUACUAUAGGUACUGUGGGGCUUCUGGGACUACGAAGUCACAUUCUGUGAUCCGACAGCUCUUCCUUGCUCAUCAAGAUGAUGUACACAACGACUUCAACUUUGAGCUUGACUACAGAACCCUUCCCUACUAUGGUUUCUCCUACUGCUCUUCCUUCCCCCCUAGGAUGGGAAAUGGUUCUGUCACGUUGACAAGAACUAAUCCCCUCACUGUGGUGAUGUUCAACAAGGAUAGUGCUGGCUUUGCUGUUGUAUUUGGCCAGUGUUUUGGUCAGGAGUGGGUACAUGUGAAGUCUGGAACCUAUAUGAAGGAGAGUGUGCAUGAUUGGGAAAGUCAUGCGAAGGAAAUAUAUCAUCAAGUUUGGAAUAUGGGUGCAGAACAUGCCCAUCUCAUGGCAGAUGCUAAUUCUGGAAACUCUCUGUUUUACAUGAAACAUGUCCAUGUUUCUCAAUCCAUAUGGGCUGUGAAGAUCAUUUGUCGAGCUUGGAAGAAACCAAGGAAGUCCAUGAUUACAAUUGAUGUUAAUCAAUGUACUGGGUUUUGCCAUAGUUCUCAUAAGUGGAUGGGUUUGAAAUUAGCUGCAAAUGAUCAUGAUAUGCCUGGGCUCAUGAGUGUGGACUGGUUCCCAGACAGCCACAGCUUAUUAGUGGAGGUACAAAAAAGCAAAUACUUGGAAUGUGAGGGGAAUAUAUUUGAAGACCUCAAGUUACUGGCUACCAGGCUUCAUGUUAAUCCAUUGGAUGCAGCCUUUAUCUCCAUCAAACAAAAAGUUGUCAACAAGUAUGGCACAGGUAUGGAGAAUGAUGGUGAGUUAGUUCUAUCACUUCCAAAUAAUCAACAGAUGGUUUUAUUGUUAAAAGCACUGUCCACCCAUCUCCCAGGCAGAUGCUUAGUGACAAGGGUGGUCCAGAGUUGCCUACUUCACAGUAGACAUCAAGGACCUGCCUUAUUCACUUUUGCCCAACCAUUGGUUAACACAGAGAUCAGCAGGCUGUUUGAAGAUAUCAGGAAACAUUUUAAUAUUCUUGUGAACUCUCAUUCCCCAAUAACAGUUGAAGAUUAUCACAGUGAAGGGCCUCAGUUUAAUGAGGUUGGUUCCCAUGUGGCAAAACAGAGGAAUAGUCACUCCAUUUUGCAUAAGUUGUUUGGCUUUCAAAUUAUAGCUGCCCAGGGUAACAAUACUCCCCAGACUGAUGAUUAUCAGAAGCAAGAUGCAGUCAAGUUUUUUAUGGGUAUGUUUGGCAUCCAGCACCUAAAAGACUAUAUUGGCAGCAUAACUUUCUUCAAUCACCUUCCCAAACUUUUGGAUGCUGGUGCCAGCAGUAGCAACCUAUCUCAAACAUUGGCAGUAAAUGGUGACCAAAUGGUCAAUGAUCCAUACAUCAUGACCCUAGUAUCAAAGUUAAUCCAGAGGAUGCCAAUUAAUACUGGCAGGAAUUCCAUUGACUGGAAACUCUGGAAGUCUGAAAAAAGACAGGUGGAAUCUGAUGUAGAGACAAUCUCCAACACCCUUGGUAUGAUGCUACUUGGUGUUAUAAGUGCUGCAUAUCAUUGCACACAGAAGUUUAAAGAAGAGAAAAUCAGAAGCAAUCACUUUCAGACAAUGGUUCAGGAAAUAAUCACACUCCAAAGUGAACUUGGCACAACACCUUCAAAGUUUGUAGCAGGAGAUAAACACCAAGCACUGGAGGAAGACAUUGUAGGGAAGAUAUUAUGGACAUGUCUGCAUGGUAUCCAAUUAGAAAUUGAAGGACUCUUGCAAGAAAUGGGUCAUAUUUUUAGCAAUGCUCUGUCUAAACUGCAAAGUGAUGACCAACCCUAUCUAUGGCAGGUUACAUGCAAUGCCAAGUUGGGGAUUUUGAAGCACCAGUUGUAUAAUGCUGAACAAGCAAAACAUGAGAGCAUGAGUCUUACUGGGAAGGAGUCCUCAAAUUCAUAAAUAGGGACUACUGUCUCUCAUUGGGCAUACAAUCUAUGGUUUAUGCAUCCUCAACCAACUUGUUAUACCAGAUAGUAAAUAUACAGU